CAUGUAUCUAUCUAUACAUUUAUAGUUUUAUCUUCAAUAAGUUCUGAAAUCAUUUGUAAUAUUUUGUUUUCUUUUAGCCAAUUUGAAAUUUGGUGGUAAUUAUCACAGUCUGGUUUGUCUCAAGAUUCCAAUAAGAGCAACAAUGAUUCAGAGGAGUGUCUGCAGCCUUGGCAAUUUGAUCCAAUCUUCAAGUAUAUGUUCUGUAAAAAAGCUUGGAGCUUACCAAUUUUUCACAUCUCAAGCUGCAUCUUCUCUACAACAAGUGUGUGAAACAUCUCCUUACAGUAAUGCCAGUGACAACGAGUACGCUGAUAUUGAUUGGAGUAACCUCGGAUUUGGUCUGAUGCCAACUGAUUACAUGUACACCAUGAAAUGUUCUGAUGACCAGAUAUUCGAACAAGGCCAAGUUAGCCGCUAUGGAAACAUCGAGUUGAGCCCUUCUGCCGGAGUCUUAAACUAUGGGCAGGGACUGUUUGAAGGUACAAAAGCAUAUAGGAGAGAUGAUGGAGGCCUCUUCCUCUUCCGGCCGGAUCAGAAUGCCAUCCGUAUGCAAAUUGGUGCCGAAAGAAUGUGCAUGCCAUCACCCUCUAUCCAGCAAUUUGUCGAUGCUGUCAAGCAAACCGCCAUUGCUAACAAGCGUUGGAUUCCUCCACCAGGCAAAGGGUCUCUCUACAUUAGGCCUCUGCUAAUGGGAAGUGGUCCUAUAUUGGGUUUGGCUCCGGCACCUGAAUACACAUUUCUUGUAUAUGCGUCCCCUGUUGGCAACUACUUCAAGGAAGGUUUGGCACCGUUGAAUUUAUACGUGGAGGAUGAAUUCCAUCGCGCUUCUCGUGGUGGAGCUGGAGGUGUCAAAACCAUUGCCAAUUAUGCCCCGGCUUUGAAGGCAUUAACUAGGGCAAGGAGCAGAGGAUUCUCUGAUGUCUUGUACCUUGAUGCAUUGAAUAAAAAGAACCUCGAGGAGGCCAGUUCUUGUAACAUUUUUGUGGUGAAGGGUAAUAUUAUUUCAACUCCGGCAACCAAUGGAACUAUUCUUGAAGGAGUCACUCGAAAAACCAUCAUCGACGUUGCCCGUGAUCUAGGGUACCAGGUUGAGGAAUGUUGUAUUCCAGUGGAGGAAUUGAUGGAUGCAGAUGAAGUUUUCUGUACAGGAACUGCUGUUGGUGUUGCUCCUGUUGGUAGUAUUACAUAUCAGAACAGAAGGGUUGAAUAUAAAAUGGGCACUCGAAUGAUGAGCAAAGAACUGUACUCAACACUUGUAGAUAUCCAAACAGGUCACAUUGAGGACAAGAGGGGCUGGAUUGUUGAAAUUGACUCACCUCUUGUUUAAUUUCAAUUGCGGAACCAAAAUAUGUACAGAAGUAGUAUGUUUUACUGGUUUCUGCAAUUGUAAAUGGUGAUGGUGUUGUCAUUGAUUGGAUGAUUGAUUUGUAAAAUGAACAAUGCGUCAUUUAAUGUUGAUGUUUAUCAUUUAUCUAUAUGAGAAACUGCGUGAUUCUGGCUUGGAGUUA